CACCAUCCGCGUGUCCCACGAGUCGUUCACGCAAUGCAGUGCGGCAGCAUGAAGAUCCGUGUUGUCGUCAGAGCUGAUGAAGUCAAGGCAUUGGCGUGUCGGUACCCCGCCAUGAUGGCACGGCCGCCGGCAUUGAUGUAUCAUUCGACCCUCGCCGAAGGCGUAUGGCGUAUGGCCUGGCUGAUCCGCAGGUCAAGUUUCUCAUGUCCAUUUUCAGAUAGAAGUGUUUUAUACCACGCAGAUUUUUGAUUUCUUCUCAACAUCUAUCAAGAUCUUCCCUCCCAAAGUGAACGCAAGAAUGGCCCCCGCUCUGGUUGAGAGUCUUCGUGAACCGUCCACUUUGCUAGACCAUCGGCCCUCCAAAGCGUUGUUCCCUGAUGGAAUCAAGACCAGUGGACAGCAAAACCCAAACUACGAUCAAAUCCAGCCCUACAGCGCCUUUCCCAAAGAAAUCGUUGGCGAGACUGUGUGGAAGGCAGAGGAUUAUGUUGAUCGACCAGAACAAUGGGUACACCGAUUCAAUGAGCGAGAGAUUGGCGAGUUGAGCAAAGCAGCAGACGCGUUCCUGGCGUCAGGAACGCCUUUGACAGGUAUCAUGCAGGAGAAGUUUCCACUGCCUACCAUGCAACCCUACUUGAUCUCAAUGCGAAACGAACUUUUGAAUGGAAAGGGCUUCAUAUUGUUCAAGGGAUUUCCAGUUGAGAAAUGGGGCAAUCACAAGAGCGCUGUGGCAUACAUGGGCUUGGGAACGUAUCUUGGAUACUUUGUUUCACAAAAUGGACUAGGUCAUGUGCUGGGGCACGUCAAGGACACUGGCGCCGACCCAACUCAAAUCGACAAAGUUCGCAUCUAUCGAACCACUGCUAGGCAAUUCUUCCACGCCGACGAUUGUGACAUUGUCGGCCUGCUCUGCAUUGCGCGUUCAUUGGAAGGAGGCGAGUCAGAUAUCGUGAGCACGCAUCACGUUUUCAACACCCUGCAACGGGAGCACCCAGAAGUAGUUGAAACAUUGACCCAGCCUAACUGGUACUUUGACCGCAAAGGCGAGAUAUCGGAAGGCCAAGAGCCGUACACACGACAGCCCGUGUUCUACAAGGAGACUGGUGCGGAUGGACGUGUAUACGCCAAGUGGGACCCCUACUACGUCAAAUCUCUCACGCGCUUCAGCGACGCCGGCAUCAUCCCACCUCUGUCGCCUGCGCAGGCGCAUGCCGCCCAGGUACUCGAGGACACGUGCUUGCGGCUAGCACUACACAUGAUCCUUGAGAUUGGCGAUAUUCAAUUCUUGAGCAAUGCACAUGUCCUACACGCUCGCACGGCGUACAAGGAUUACCCUCCGCCAGCGCCGCAAAGGCAUCUCAUGCGAUUGUGGUUAGCGACACCAGAGACUGAGGGUGGAUGGAAGCUGCCAUUCAGUGACUCCGCGCACAAGAAACGCGGCGGAGUGCAGGUCAAUGACACACCUCCAAGAGCACUGCUGGAUGCCGAGUAGUGCGAGGGACGGAAAUGUAGAUCAUUUGUAUGAGUGUGUCCACACUCCAGAGAUGCUGUGGCAAUAUGCGUAGACAAUGAAUGUUGCGGGCUUUGAAAUGAAGCAUACCUAGGUUUAUAUAACAAGGGUUUGGUGCUCACGCACUAUCGAUAAGAUUUGUUUGGUG